UCGGGCAGCCCUCUUAGGCGCGCAGGCGCAGACGUGUGCCGGGAGCCAAGAUGUCGGGUUCCAAGUAUAAGCCUGCGCCCCUGGCCACUCUUCCCAGUACCCUCGACCCAGCCGAGUAUGACUUGUCUCCGGAGACCCGAAAGGCGCAGGUCGAGCGCCUGAACAUAAGGGCCAGGCUUAAACGCGAAUAUCUGCUUCAGUACAACGACCCCAAACGCCAAACGCACAUCGAAGAUCCUGCCUUGAUUCGAUGGGCCUAUGCAAGGUCAACAAAUAUUUAUCCCAAUUUCAGACCCACUCCCAAGAACUCACUUUUAGGAGCUGUGGUGGCAUUUGGGCCCCUCAUCUUCUGGUAUUACGUUUUUAAAACAGAUAGGGACAGAAAGGAAAAACUUAUCCAGGAAGGAAAACUGGACCGAACAUUUAAUUUGUCCUAUUAAAUUUGGCAAGGAUGACUAUUCUUGCAUAAAUAAAUCUUCUGUUAAUUA